AUAAUUCAGUAUUUUAAUGUUUUUCUCUUUGAUUAAAAGCAACAACCAGGAGAAUCUACAUUUUGUGAGAAGUUACCAACCUCAAAACAAAGAAGUCAAACAUCUCAGGAUCCUGCUUCAUGGACCAGCCGGAGCCGGCAAGUCCAGUUUCUUCAACUCUGUUGAGAGCGUUUUAAGAGGCAGAGUAACUGGUCGAGCCUUGACGGACGCAAACAGUGGAAGCACCUUCACCACAAAGUACACAGCUUAUACAAUCCACAAAGACCAGGAGAGCUUCUAUUCAUUCAUCUUCAAUGACAUCAUGGGCUUUGAGCCAAAGAAUGGCAGCGGGGUUCAUGUUGAGGACAUCAAAUUGGCCCUGAUGGGACAUGUGAGGGAAAACUACAAGUUCCGUCCUGAAGGCCAGCUGACAGACGCUGACCAGGGCUACAACGAAUCUCCCGCUCUGGACGACAGAGUUCACGUUUUGGUGUCUGUGCUUCCUGCCGGCUUAGUGUCCAUAGCAAACGACGAAGUGGUGAAGAAGAUGAGAGAAGUCAGACUGGCAGCCAGUGAAAUGGGAAUUCCCCAACUGGCUAUUCUCACCAAAGUGGAUGAAGCCUGUCCGAAGGUAAAAAAAGACAUGAAGAAGGUCUAUAAGAGCAAGUAUCUGAAGGAACAGGUCAACAAGUUCAGCUCGUUGCUGGGCCUGCCACCAAACUGCAUCUUUCUUGUGAAGAACUACGAGUCAGAAAACAGCACGAAUGAUGACAUUAAUGCUCUGAUACUGAGCGCUCUGAGACAGAUGAUCACAUUUGGAGAAGACUUCCUCAACAACCUGUAG